AUGGCUGGAGGAAACCUGAGUGUGGAGACGACCUUUGCCCUCUUAGGUUUCACAGAUUACCCAGAGCUUCGGAUUCCUCUGUUCCUUGUGUUUCUGAUCAUGUACAUUAGCACUGUGAUAGGAAAUCUCGGGAUGAUCAUAAUCAUCAAGAUUAACCCCAAAUUCCACACUCCCAUGUACUUUUUCCUCAGUCACCUUUCCUUUGUUGAUUUUUGCUACUCCUCCAUCAUUACUCCAAAGCUGCUGGAAAACUUGGUAAUGGUUGACAAAAGCAUCUUCUACUUUAGCUGUAUGCUGCAGUACUUCCUGUCCUGCACUGCCGUGGUGACUGAAUCCUUCCUGCUGGCAGUGAUGGCCUAUGACCGUUUUGUGGCCAUCUGCAACCCUCUGCUUUACACAGUGGCCAUGUCACAAAGGCUCUGUGCCAUGCUGGUGGCUGGCUCUUAUCUGUGGGGGAUGUUGGGCCCCUUGGUACUCCUUUGCUAUUCUCUCCUUUUAAACUUCUCUGGACAUAAUGUAAUCAACCACUUUUUCUGUGAGUACACUGCUCUCAUAGCUGUCUCUACCUCUGAUAUACGCAUUCCAAACCUUCUGCUGUUUGGGUUCGCCACCUUCAAUGAGGUGAGUACGUUACUGAUCAUCCUCACUUCGUAUGCUUUUAUUUUUGUUACUGUACUAAAAAUACGUUCUGCCAGUGGCCGUCGCAAAACUUUCUCCACCUGUGCUUCCCAUCUGACGGCCAUCACCAUCUUUCACGGGACCAUCCUCUCCCUCUACUGUGUGCCUAACUUGAAAAACUCUCAGCAAACGGUCAAAGUGGCCUCUGUGUUCUACACAGUGGUCAACCCCAUGUUGAACCCACUCAUCUAUAGUCUAAGGAACAAAGAUGUAAAGGAUGCCUUUAGAAAAUUAAUAGACUCUAAAGUCUUGAUUCACUGA